AUGGAAACUUUAUCAGUUUCAAAUCUCAAAAUCUCAUCACUCCCUCCACCAGCACCAACAACAAAUCAUGAAUUCCAUCACUUCACAAGAACUCCUCAUCCAAUCCCUAAUCGUCUUCCACAACCAAAACCCCAAAAAAUCAUAAAUUUCUCACACAACAAUCAUUCUCUGCAAUUCUCUUCUCCAAACACCACAUCUCUCAAACUCAAACAACCCUCUCCAAUAUUCCAUGACAAGCCUGCUACUGGAUAUGCUGCUGCAAUCAUAGAUGUAGCUCAAACCACCAAUACACUUCACUCAGUCCAUAGGGAUGUUCAGCGACUAUUGAAACUUAAAUCAGAUGGUGGUAUUAUCGAUGGUUCAGCGGUGAGGAAGAUGGUGGAGCAGGGGAAUUUUGAGCGGCAUGUGGUUGGGUUGGUGAAGAUGUUGACGAAGAAGAAGAAGAUGGGAAUAGUUGGGGAAGUGUUGGAAGAGUUCGAGAGAAUAUAUGAUGAAUUGUGCGGAACUCAAGUUGUGUUGGUUUCAUCAGAAAGAGAGAUUGGAAAAGAAGAAAUGUUUGGGAUUGCGAAAACUGUGCACAAACUAAGUGGAGCAUUUAGGGUUAGGGUUAAGAAUUUUGUUCAACAUUAG